AUGCAAAUAACCACUCUCAUUAUUGCGCCAACAUUUUUUGCUGCCGGCCUCUAUGUCCUUCUUGGCAUUCUAAUCAACCAACUUGGCCCUCAAACAAGCAGCCUCUCACCCAGCCACUAUGCUAUAAUAUUUUGCACAUGCGACGUCAUCUCUCUUGUCGUGCAAGCCGUUGGCGGGGCUUUGGCAGCCAGAGCUACCGUUGAGAUUAAUGGCGACUCGUCGACUGGAACUCACAUCAUGGUCGCUGGGAUCGCAUUUCAAUUGUUUACCAUGAGCGUUUUUGCUCUACUCGUCGUUGACUUCCUCCGUCGGGCUAGGGGCUUGGUGAUAAAGAGACCCACGAAGCUCGUUCUGAUAAGUCUCUUCGUGGCGUUCUUGAUGAUAUACAUCAGGUCCAUCUACCGCACGAUCGAAUUGGCUGAGGGAUGGACAGGGUUUUUGAUUACCCACGAGGGGUACUUUAUUGGGCUCGAUGCGACUCUCAUGGUAAUCACUGUGACUGUCUUUCUGCUCUUUGACCCAGCCAUCCUACUACGCGAGGAAUCUGUUUCGUGGGAGCAAGGGGAUAGAAAGGUUCAUGAACAGAAGCAUUUGCUCUCGUGGUUCCGGGUUGUUAAACGAACAUAG